GACUCGCCGCACAUCUCCGAGCGCGUCUCCGCUCCUCCGCUACACAGAAAACUACCUCCAUGGAAAGGAUUAUUUCACAAUUCUGUGCAAAAGCCGGAGAUACUUAAACAUUUUUCCGCUCCUUCUCUUAUUUUUUUUUAUUUCUUUUUUCUCGGACACUCAGUCACUUUUGGUGUUUUGAUUGUCAUCGCUGACUUUCUGAACAGAAACCAACAUGAUGAACACCAGAGACCGCUGGAGAGUGUAUAAGAGGGUCAGUGUCAUGUUUUUCCUGGCUGUGGUGACAAUUACAGUUGUUCAGAGGGGCAGCAUCAGCGUGGGGGCUCCGUUUGAACUGGAGAGGCAGACGCGCAUGCAUGCUUCUGAAGCAGAGGAGUCCGGCACCGAGCUGGAAGAAAAAAACGACUCGUACCUGGCGAUAAAGGGAUUCUGGAAAGCGAGCAGACAACAACCGAAAGCUCGGUCCACCACACAAGAGCCUCGGAUUACUGAGGACAGCAGGCCAGGAACGUGGGACGUGUCCAGCUCCAACUGCAGCGCAAACCUCAACCUGUCCAGUCAGGAGUGGUUCAGAGGCCUGGAGGACAAUUUCAAGCAGUUUAUGCUUUAUCGGCACUGCCGUUAUUUCCCCAUGCAUCUCAAUCACCCUGAAAAAUGCUCCGGCGAGAUUUAUCUACUCAUGAUAAUUAAAUCAGUGGCCACACAGCAUGAUCGCAGGGAGGUUAUCCGAAAAACCUGGGGCAGGGAGCAGGUGGUGAAUGGCAGGAGGAUAAAGACCCUUUUCCUCCUUGGUAAGCCCUCCAAUGAGGCUGAAAGAGCAAACCAUCAGAAACUUGUGGAGUACGAAGACUACAUCUACAAGGAUAUCCUCCAGUGGGACUUCUUAGACAGCUUCUUCAACCUGACACUGAAGGAGACCCACUUCCUCAAAUGGUUCCACACCUACUGUCCCAGGGUGCGCUACGUUUUCAAGGGAGACGACGACGUGUUUGUCAGCGUGGACAACAUUUUUGAAUUCCUAGACAGCAGCAGUCAUGACAACAACCUGUUCGUGGGGGAUGUUAUUUUCAAAGCUAAGCCUAUUCGUAAAAAACAGAAUAAGUACUACAUUCCCCAGGCUUUGUAUAAUAAGACACACUACCCUCCGUAUGCGGGUGGCGGAGGUUUUCUGAUGGAUGGGUCCCUUGUGAAGAGGCUCUACUGGGCUGCAGACACCCUUGAGCUCUACCCUAUUGAUGACGUUUUCUUGGGCAUGUGUCUGGAGGUGCUUCAGGUCACUCCAAUCAAACAUAACGCCUUCAAGACAUUCGGCCUUGUGAAAAAUAAGAACAGUAAGCUGAACCGUGAACCCUGUUUCUUUAAGAACAUGAUUGUGGUGCACAAGCUGCUCCCGUCGGACCUCAUGCACAUGUGGAAUCUGGUCAACAGCGACCUGGUCUGCGCUCAGAGAGUGGAAAUCCUAUAGCUUGUCGAGAGCACUGGGGUUAAGCCGGCGCUGAGAGGCUGAGCCCUACCUCGGUGGAUACCUGUAGGAUGCAAGUACAGAACAGUAAGUGGGAGCUGAAGGCAAACUCAAGCCCUCCUUUUUGUCAAAAAAGGAACUGAGACAAUGUUUUAAUUUUUUAUUUAAAUCUUCUGUUUAUGAGACUUUAUGGGUUUUUUGGAUUAAGAUUUCUCAAAAGUACAUUAUACAGUUCUUUCUUGUAAGGACUGACUCAGAAUUGUGUAUUUAUACUGGAAUUUUGAAGGAUUUAUACUGUCAGCACAUACAGUAUAUUCAGACAUCCACUAAGUGAAGCUGCUCAGCGGCACAGUCAGACAAAUAUUCUGUCUCCUUUCGUGAUAGAAACUAUGAGAAAAAGUAUUUUCCCUUUGCUCAUCACAAGCAGAUGUACAGUGUGAUUCUUCUGUCCUUUGUGAUGAUCACCUGUUCCUCUUAUCCCACCUGCUUCGACAUGAUGGGUGUUUAUCAUAGAACCAGUGACUCGCCAGCCUUUUGUUAGGGAUGUGUUUCUAAAUUACACAGGAUGUGAUUAAACUUCAAAACAUUUUGAGGUAAAACUUCAUAGCAAGGAAUGAGUAAAUUCUACAAACGAAAUUAGUUUUCACUUGUGUUCUCAUCGGGCUGAGUGGGAAUAAUGUUUUGUCUUGCAGAAAAUACACGAGCUGAUUGUUUUUGGGUGCUCAGGAGGCUUGAGUUUGAAAGCCACAACACUGCAAGGAAGCUGUUCAUAUCAUUUUUUGUGACACACUGUUCUUGCAUGGAGCAGUGAGACAUGCUUCAUUGGUUUAAUGGCUUUAAGCCUGUUAAUGAUACAACUCUCUCUACCUCAAUGAUUUGAGCAAAAAAAUGUCAGUUGCUUUCAUAUCACCUUAUAAUUUUUUAAUGUCCUAGAGAAAGACUUCAACACAUUAAUCACUUUUUGUUAUUGUUGAAGUCCUUGCACUCCUCAUUUUAGAAUGUGACCGAUUUCAUCUGGAGGUGUACUGCUUAUGUAGUAUUGAAACAAAAAAAAAGUCAGUUCUUUGUACAUAUAUACUGUCCAUGGAUUUGUAUGGGCUCAUGUACUUGACAGAAAUUUGGUAGAGGGUUUCCGUUGACACUGUGAACUAAAACUAUUGCUGGUACGGGCAUAAGGCAUGUUAAUUUAACUGUCCUGCAAUGAUAAAGGAACAAAUUUGUCAUUCUUAUGUUUAAUUUAAAGCAAGUAGUGAGCACGUUACUGAAUUGUUAAAUGAUCAUAAAGCUGAAUGCUGUAUGUAUGGUGGGUGAUGAUUUUGUGUAGUUGAUGUAAAUAUAUCUAAGCGUCAGUGUGUACAUAGAUUGUCAUUUGUAAAUAAACAUC